AUGCCAUCCCUGAAGUUGGCGUACCUUGCCCAUGACCUGUCAGAUGGCUUGUUGAGUCACGAUUUGGUUACAGUUGGGUCAGAAUUGCGUCAGCAGCAUGUUCUGUGCAUCCGGAAGGCGAAUGACCAGGAUCACAUACCCGAUAAAUUCAAAACGGCAGAUUUUUCUGCAAAUGGCUGUACCGUGGUUCCUGUCUUUGUAAUGUUGGUCGUGGACCCCGUCCUGGUUGUCAUUUCUCCCGCGUUUUGGAUAGCUGUACUGGAGACAGAACAGGGAUGGGAGGCGGAGGAGAAUCAUUCUAUGGCCAUUGGUUCGAGGACGAAGUAUAUCCUAGAUUGCGUUUUGCCCACCAUGGACUUCUUGGACGUUAUCAAAAUUGGGGAGCGUGUAAAGCUACUUUCGGUCGGAGAUGCAGCUGCAGAGGAAGAAUCCAGAACAAGUCCAGGCCCUCAGGACAUCGAAGCGUCGUCAUCUCAUGAAAAGUCAUCUAACAAGCUCAAAGGAGCCAAAGAAGACCGAUCAAGAUAUGAGAAGCGCGUCACAGAACAACGUCCGAAAGCCUCUAUAUUAGAUAGAUCGCUCAAUAUCGGUAUGUGUAAUCAGCGAAGCGAGAUCGAGAGGUCAUCCGUAAACAAUAAGCAUAUGGUUGGGAAAUCGGGUUCGAGUAAAGUGAUUACUCUGUGGCCGCGCGAAGCACUCGGGCCUGCUGUGUCGAUGGUCGUGUUAACUGUCGGAGCGGGUGCAUUUGACAUGCCUAUCGCCACGGGGAGGGAUGGAAAUUCUUUGAUCGUGGGUGAAGGUGCAAUGGCUGUGCUCGGUGCUUCUAGAGGGAUGGAAGGCUUAAAAAAUCACCCAGGCGACGAUGAAGCACCAUUAGCCCGUCUUCUCCCUUCCUUUUGUCCUUCGACACGCCCGAUGGAGCCUCCGGAGUCCCUUCAUUGGGUCCCGAUUGUUGCUGCUGGGGAGGUCGGGGAAGUGCCUGUGGAUAGCAUUGUUGGGACUGGGAGGGGUUUUGCUGGUUUGGAGGUUUGGAGGUUGACUUUUGUGGGAUUCGUCGAGGAGAAUUUGGCUUUGACCCGUACUCAUCAACGAGUUGUCUCAACGCCGGGUGUUUGUGAUAAGUAG